GGCGUGACCUUGGCUUAAAAUUCCAAGCUGUAUAGAAAAGAUGCGUAAGUUUUACGGUCACAGUACAUCCAGCCCCGAUGGUUCUCGCAACAGCCGCAGGCGCUGCCCGCUCCAUAGCAAGCCGAUGGGCUGCGCGUACACCCCCAGCGUUGCCUAUAAAGGCCUCCGCAUAUGGCCCUGUUAUCCAGCAAACUGUGAAGCCAUCCGCCUCACAAAGACUCUUCACUUCUCAAUCGACUCAACGUUUUACAACCAUCAUGCCUAUCCCAUCCUACGGUCCUCCCGCCACCUUCGACGUCUGGGCUACUAGCAACGCCUUCCAUACGCGCUUCCUCGUGGGGGAUCAAGACGAGGCGCUCAGCUUCGCCCUCACCAACUCGGUUAAGAACGGCCUGCCUGAGAUUGCGGUGGCCGCUGCGCAGGGCAAGCUCCUCAACCUCUUCGUUCGCACGAUGGGCGCGAAGCGCGUCAUCGAAGUGGGCACCCUCGGCGGGUAUUCGACGAUCUGGCUGGCGCGCGCGCUUCCCGAAGACGGAAAGCUCGUCACGUUCGAGCUAUCGGAGAAGCAUGCGAAGGUCGCUCGCGAGAAUCUCGAGCACGCGGGGGUCGCCGAUCGUGUCGAUAUCAUUGUCGGGCCUGCCGCGGAGACGCUUGCAAAGUUCGGGGGCGACGGCACGUACGACUUCGCCUUCAUCGACGCUGACAAGGCCACGUACCCGACCUACACGAAGGAGGCCAAGCGACUUGUCCGCAGCGGUGGCGCAAUUGUCCUCGAUAACGUCGUCCGCAACGGCUAUGUCGCCGACCUGAACAAGACCGACAAGGAGAACGCUGGCGUGCGCGACCUUCUGAAGUACCUGCAGGAGGACACGGAGCUGGAGGCUGCUACGGUGCCCACGGCGGACGAGCGGGGCUUUGAUGGCUGGACCUACGUCCUGAGGAAGUAGGGAAGGGUACGAAGGAGUAAUCGCGUGGUGAAUCUCCUGUUUUCAAAGUAUGCUCGAGUGUGCCGAUUGUAAGUCAGAUGUUCGUGGAAAUGAUGAUGCUUCUGCCGA